AAUCGUAAAAUAUUGUUCAGUUUUAUAAAAAAAACUACGCAUAGUCGCUGAAAUGGUUUAGUUGAAAUUAUAAGAAUAAAAGGAAAGCAAUAACACUUGUUCAAAUUGAAAAAGCCACUGUUGGAAUUUCACAAGAUUCAUUUACGAAAGAACGAGACAGUUAUCAUUAUUUAAAAUAAACAUUAAUGUGUUUGUCCUAUGCUUAUAUACGUGUGCAUGCAGUUUGCAGUUUGCGGAACUGUUAAUUCUUUCUUAUAAUUGCGACCCUUUCUGCAUCUAGCUAGAAAGGAAUGUUGCUUCAUAAAAAAAAAGAAUGCUAAUGGCAUUUUGAAGCAAACCGUGUAAAAUAUAUAUUUUUAAUACAUAUCGAUUCCUGUAAAAGAAAUGGAUGAAAACACUUUAAAUGAUUUAUUGGAAUGUUCAGUGUGCUUGGAACGUUUGGAUACAUCUUCAAAAGUAUUACCUUGUCAGCACACGUUCUGCCGAAAAUGCUUAGAAGUAAUUCAUGCUAGCCAUCAGGAAUUAAGGUGUCCGGAAUGUCGUGUGUUAGUAGAAACUAAAAUUGAUGACUUACCACCCAAUGUUUUGCUAAUGAGAAUACUAGAAGGUAUGAAAAAUACAGCCGCUUGUAGACAACAGACAAAUGGCACCAGCAAUGGAGUAAAUGCUACAACAAAGACAACAGAUCAAGAAAUUAGGCGUAAACAGCAGCAGAUGCUGGAAUUUCAAGAGCAGCUGAAAAAGCAACAGAAUCAAAACAAUUUAAAGCAACAAGCUUCUAAUUGUAAUCAAAAUCAAUCAACACAUCAGCCGUCAGUUUUGCAUUCUAAUGUUUCAAAGCGACGUCUUGCUGUGCCACAUGCUUAUGCUUUGCAUGAUUAUAAGUCAAAAGUGGCCUGGGAUCUAAAUUUUAAAAAAGGUGAUAUUAUUUUCUUGAAACGACGAAUCGAUAGUAACUGGUAUGUGGGUCAAGUUCAGGGUGUGGAUGGUGUUUUUCCCAUUAAUUUUGUUCAGAUCGUAGUUCCAUUGCCUUUGCCACAAUGUGUGGCACUGUAUGAUUUUAAAAUGGGUCCAAAUGAGGAAGAAGGCUGUUUGACCUUCGAAAAAGGUACCAUUAUACAAGUUAUCCGGCGAGUUGACCAUAACUGGGCUGAGGGUAGAAUUGGUAAUUCCAUAGGUAUAUUUCCUAUUGCCUUCGUGGAGUUAAGUGCUUUGGCGAAACAACAACUGGAUAAUGUACAAAUUUCGCACCAAUUGGCAUCAUUAAGACAAUCACAACAAACUGAACCGAAUGAAGUAAUGAAUGAAUUAAGACCGCUGCCAGCUGUCCCGUUUAUAGAUCCUACUACAGAGAACAAUAAUAGUGAUUCAACCACAACGUCAUCGUCAUCGAAUUCGUCCGUUUCAGUGCCAUCAUCCUCGUCAACAAAUUCAUCUAAUACUACUAGUCCUGUAGCAACCACUAAUAACUCCCGGAUUACUGACACUAACAUUCACUCUUUGCCUGACAGCUGUCAACCCUUGCUGCCGAACACAUCUCAGCAGCACAGUGUCGCCACUGCUUGUGCUAGUUACAAUGACACAGCAAAUAAUACGUCUGUGAGUUUACGAAACACCGAUAUGGCGCAUAAGAGACAUUCCUUGAACGCACUACUCAACGUUGGAACUACAAACUUAAGUAUUUCCCAAGUCAACCGUCAUUCGGCUGAAAUACUAAGCGUUCCCACAACAUUGGAGGACACUACGGCGAAUUUAACGUUAGCUUGUUCUGUCACCGAGAUGGAACAACAAGGCACACAGCAGCCACAAAAUGUAGUGGAUCAGCCGCAAAAUAUUGUGGGUUUGCCACCAUAUCAACACCAAGAUCUGAUGACGUCAUCAGCGCACACUCAAACUCGUCAUAACGUCUUAAAAACGACGUCUGUUCAACAAAAUAUUCCUUCAAUCUUGCCAUGGAGUUAUCUUGCAUUGUAUCCUUACAAACCCCUUAAAAAUGAUGAAUUGGAGUUAAAAAAAGGAUGUGUCUAUAUAGUUACCGAAAGAUGUCUUGAUGGUUGGUUUAAGGGGAAAAAUUGGAAAGGCAUUAGUGGUGUGUUUCCCGGCAAUUAUGUUAUACCGUUAAAGGUCAGAGAUCAACAGCAAUUGAUGCAUGGCUGGAAAUUUGGGCCACCAGCUUCUGCAACUAACGCUAUCAAUCAAAAUAAUUCGUCAAUGGCGCAGUUAGGUACUGCAACGCAACAACAGCUCGCAACAAGUUGUAGAAGCUCUAUGCGCCAUGAUUUAGAAAGUCUUCAGGCACGCGUAACAGUGUCAAAUUCUCAUCAAACUUUGCCGCCCGAUUUACCAUUAAGAUAUUUAACACUGAGCCCAAAGGAUCAAACGGUCAGCAAUAUAAAGGAACACAAAGAGGAAAAAACCAUAAAACAAAAGAACGUGACUACUGGUUGCAUAUCUACAUCAAACUCGUCGUCUUCAGCGUCUACGACAACGACGGGACUUAAGAAAUUUUUAACCCACAUCAAGACUAGAUCAAAAUCUCCAAGUGCAAGCGCUUCUACAGCUCAAAAACAAAAGCAAAAGGCGCAAUCCACAACAAGUCCAGCUGCUACGAUGGUUUUAAAACAAAAAAAUGCACAAAACAAUACCUUAACUGCCGUCCACGUGCGUUCUGGUUCGUGUCCGAGUCAGUUGUUGCAAAAUCCUUCUGCCGACAGAGCCAAUUCUCAACCCAUGAACCAACAACAACCUCUUGCUUCUCAAGAUUCUUCCAACAGCGCACAACGUUUAAAAGGCAACAAUAAAAGCAGAGCAAAUACAUUAGCGAAGCCAACAAUUGAUUCAACUUUACGUUCGAUUUAUGCCAAUCAGCUUCAACAACAAUGGUCUGCGACUGCGGCUGCCUCAUCUUCCCAAUCAAAUCUCGUUAUGGUAAACAAAUGUAAUCAGCAACAUCAUCAACAAUCCACCAACAACACAACCAACAAUUUCAAUAGCGACGGUGCCAUACAUCGUAAAUCUCAUUCAUUGGACGCAUCAAAUAUUCUACAAAGUAUUACAUUAUCGCCGACCGCUGCUUCCAAACCCGGCGGUGAUAAUAUCGCACAAAGUAACGUUAACGCAACAUCGGCAGAAACUCUUGCUGCAACCACUCAAACCAAUGCGGAUGAAAGUCGAUUUCGUUGCGUGGUCUCAUAUCCGCCCAAUAGUAAUGUUGAACUGGAAUUACAUUUGGGUGACAUUAUCUUCGUAAGACGUAAACAAAAAAAUGGCUGGUAUAUGGGCAUAAAUUCUCGUACUAAGAAAACUGGCUUGUUUCCUGCUUCCUUUGUCGAGCGCGACGUUAUUUAAGACCACCACCCUGGAAAUAGUAUUAAUUGUUAAUUCAAGAGUCGACGUGACAGAGAAAGUUGUAAAAAGAAAAUUGUAUUUUAACAUAGCCAUUUCAUGUCCAAUUGCACAGAAAGGAAUUUAUUAUCUUCCAUUUAUUGUUCUACAAAAAGAGAAAAAAACGCAACUAUACGCCACUCCAAAGUACCAAUUAAUCUUACGACAUUGGCAGAUUUUCCAAUUCGAAAUCUUAAUUGAUUGAAUUAAGCUGAGUAUGCCCUAACAACCUAACCGAAAAUAUUUAUUUAUUUACGUAGGCAAUAUAUCCGAUCAGGUCAACGCAUAUUCUAUAAAUUCGGACCGUUGCAAUUGCAAAGAUUCUAUUUAAUCCUUAAUUACUGGCGAUUGUACUCCAGCGAAAUGAUCCGCGUAAUACAGCUACAGGUUUAGCGAAAGAUUAACUUCGGCUGGAUGUUAUCGAUAACCUGGGAGUAAUUAUUAUUAUUCAUCAGGGCGAUUGACAUUCGACGCAUUAGAGCAAAACAUAUCUUUUUUUAGUUAUCCAUAUUCUGUAAGUGCACAUGAAGCGGCUGAGGUCCAAAGUAAAUUUUGAUUUCGCUUUUCCAUGAUUAUAUGAUAGGCUUUCAUAAACUUGGAAGCCUUAAAGAAAAAUUAAAAAUCAGUGACAGGAGAAAGCUCUUUCAAUGGUAUCGUCAGUUCGCGAUGAAUCCAAUUCUUAGAUAAUCCUGGCGAAUUCUAUCUAUAAUAUUAUUGUUUUUUUUUUUUGAAGUUAGAAUUAACGUUCAUUUAGUUAUUACGGAGCUGUUUAUGGCACAUCACGUCCGCCUUUAAAUUUGAUCAGCUUUCUAAACUAGACAACAAACGGAUUGAUUAUACUCCACUAAAUCGGCUCGGAGUUUUGUACCGGCCAUUAUGUUACAAUAUUAGAAGAUAUAUAUAUAU